AUGUCUCACUUCGUUCCACCCUUCUCCCCGCCCGACUCUGACCCUACCCCACGUUCUGGCUCUCCAAUCGAUGAUGACAGCUCCUUCGAGAGUGUUUCCGGGGGGAUAUCACUUAUCGUCUCUGGAUUUGACCGUUCAAACAAUCCCAACGCCGGAAUUCAUCAAUUCAGGUCUAUCUACCCCGACAUCAUUGCUGUUUCGACUCAAAAAGCACCUCAUCGGUACCUACUCCCCUUCACCUUUCUCUCUCUUACCCCUGGCGACAAUCUACGCCCCGUCGACUUCAUUUUUGUAUCGCUUGACAACAAGGAAUUCUCCGCUCCACGACCCGAUCUCCUCAACUGGCUCAAAGCCGCUAUUCAGGACCACGGAAAGUUUGUGGCUCGGUGGAUCACUGGAAAGGGCCCCGAUAAAACCCGGAGAGGAUUCUUCAGGAUGGAAAACAUGACCAUUGCUCAGAGGAUGAAGUCCAGGUUUGAAACUGUGCUGACUCAAAAAGGGUUUCACUUCCAGAAUUGCACGACGGCCACACACGCUCAUGCUGGCAUCCGCAUUGUUGUCGACUUCCUUGAUUCUGCUUCUCUCGAUGCCUUGACUGAAACGCCGCUCAUUGUUGAUCGCAUCAGCUACCCCGUAUCCCGCCCACGAUUUGUGGAGCCCGACUUCGGGUAUGAUGUUGCAAUCACUGGGUGUGGAGGUAUUCAAGGCUUCGAGGGCUGCAUGAAUGCUCACAUCAGGAGGCACAUGGGACCUGUCAUAGCGCGAAGCCGAAUGGCACUCGGGGGCGAUGUGUAUGUUGUCAUAUUCAAAACUUGGGAGCUAACGUCGCAAUUCUUGUCCUCGCCCUUACCUCACCCUCGUAGCGUUCCCACCCACAUACAACUUUCCGACCCGAUUCUCCUCUACUUCUUCAAUAAUCGCGGAUGUCCUGCCUCCCCUCAAUAUCUGGCUCCGAACCCUCCUACUUCCUCUGACUCUCCCUCUCUCCAAAAACAAAUUGACAUCCUGCGUGACCAAGGAGUUCAGUGCUUUUCUACUAUGAACGCGAUGCUAGCCACACAGUCCAACCUCAUCACCGACGUUCGCCAGUCCAACCUGGAAUUGCGAAAUGCUCUAGCGGCAUCUUGCAACACCAAUGCUGCGGGCCAGCUCGUCAGCAUGGCCCAUUCCGACCUCCUCUAUCUCCGCUCUGAGCUUAAUUCCUUACGGGGGUCAUUAGCAUCUGCCACUGACCCUAAUUUGCGUGCUUCCUUGACCCAACAGAUAGAAGAGACUAUGUCCUCUAUCGAAGCCCAGCGCAACAUUCGAGAUGAAGCCGAUGCACAUUACAGGUCCCUAAUGCGUGCUACGCAGUCCUUGAUUGCAGGCCCGGUUUCAGACUCCCCGGCUUCUGCUCGUCCUGCUGAGGUAUCCAACACUCGCCGUCAGUGUCGUCGUCUUGACGAACCCUCCCCUGAUGACGAACAGGAAGUACAAUCUUCCCUUAUGCCAGUCGAUGGGCCGCCUGCCUCCACUGGCAAUAUGGACUCGUAGGCAAUAUAAUGUCCCCUGUCAAGAAAAUUUUCUCCUGUAUCUGGAUGUUUCUUUUCGUAUUCCUUUCUUCUUUUCUAAAAAUUAUUCCUUUACGUUCUCAUCGUCACACACGAUUUCUUUUCUCAUCCU